GCAACAUCGACCGCCUUCCAUCUCGACGAUGUCCGAAAAGUUCAAACCGCGAUACGACGAGUUGGAGCAGGAGGAAGAUGCCUCUGAUAUUUCGCCCCGAACGGCCGUGCAGCCAACCACCAUCGGCUGGAGAAAGACAAUAUUUGCGGCGUUCCUCGGCGCCAUAAUAGCCAGCGCAAUCGUCUCCCUCAUCGCCCUUCAAUGCUACCCCCAGGUCCGCUACAAAGCGCUCAGCGAAAGGCCGUGCGGACACUCGGCCGACGAAGCAGAAGCAGCGGGAUGCAUAUUCGAUCCCAUGAUGAAUUCCUGGCUGGCUCCAGACUGCUACGACGAAGAGCUCUCGAUGGAAUUCCGCAGUUGGCGAAACUGGACCUUCUACCGGGAUGAGAAUGCAACGCAACCGCUGACGUUGGAGGAGUUCUCGCGCGUCGGUCAAUGCUGGGGGACAUGGGAAUUCCACAUUGCUCACUGCGCUUUUGCCGUUCGCAAACUGCAACGUGCGGUCCGGAAUGGGUGGAAGCUGGAGAGAGCUGUGGCUUCGGAGGAGCAUGCCGCGCAUUGUUUGCACACCGCCAAUGUUACGUUUACGCUGAUUGAGCUGGCGAAGGAGAGAGGGGAGCAUUUCUCGAUGCAGGACAUGGGCACCGUCUUGCAUACUGGUUUCCCGACUUGUCUUGAGAUGCGGAACUACCUCCCUUACAAAGGUGUUGUUUUAUAGCGAGGAGGUUGGCGAAUUGAUUCAUAUUCGAC